AUGGAUAUUGAACACGAGCUGAGAGCUAUGGAUCAGGCCAGACUGACUACUGACGGGAUCCACUUUGAUAGCAUUGCAAGAGGGACUCUGGAGAGAUGGCCUCCUCUGGAAGAUGCAAAAGAAAGGAUUCCCGAAGACCUUGAUCCGCUGGACUCAAGGAUGGCUCAGCAACCGGCAGGCGUUUGUCACCUUCGAAGACAGCAAGAGCAAAAGGCUCUCAUCAGACAAGGAGUCCCUCAAGGAUCCGUCAUUGCACCCCUGUUGUUCCUCGUCUACAUCGACGAUCUCGCUGAAGUGACUCCAGAUGACGUGACGGCCAGUCUGUUCGCCGACGAUGUUGCAGUAUAUGCCUCACGCACCUCCCUUCGCCAAACAGACGCACACCGAACAUGUGACGAAGAAAGUUCAGAAGCGAUCGCGAGUCCUCCUCCACCUGGCAGGCACAGACUGGGGACACUCCAAGCGACUACUCUGGUGGAGUACGCGGGAGCAGCCUGUCACCCCUGGAUGUCAAGCACGAACCUUGAGAGGCUUGAGGCAGCCCAAAGGUUCGCAGGCAGAGCAGUGACCGGGCAGUUCAAGACGACGCCGAACGAAGCGGUCCUCCUUGACGUGGGCUUGCCCACAAUCAAGGAAAGGUGCAAGUUCAUCGCAAUCAAUGCUCUUGAGAAAUCGAUGCGACUCGACCCGAGCAACCCCAGACGCCAGAUUGCAGAGAAGCCACAACACCGGCGUACAAAGAAAACAGACUGGAGAGACCAUGCCCGAGACAAAUGGAAUGAGAUAUUCACAGAAGGUUGCAACCCUGAACCCUUCCCGGAUCCCGUAGCGCCAUGGACUAAACUCUCUAACUACGCCUUCACCUACACUAACGUAGAGAAACGACAAGACGAUGAGACGAAAAAGAAGGCAGGAGAAGAAGCAAUCAAUCUAAACCAUGACACCUACAAGCUCAAUAUUUACACUGAUGGCUCAGCCCAGGACAGCAACAAGAACGGAGGAGCAGGAGUAGUGAUAGUGCCCUCAGACCCAGAAGAGGGAACAACGAUGCUGAGUCACCCCGCUGGCAAACUCACCUCCAGUUUCCAAGCCGAACUGACGGCCAUCAACCAUGCUCUAAAACACGUAACCUCCAACGACCACCAUGACUGCCAGAUCCGCAUCAUCACCGACUCGAAAUCGGCACUUCAACGCUGUGAGAGCAUCACCAGUGACCCGCGUCCCAACUCAUGGCUGGAGAGAGAGGUCCUUGACUCCCUCAUGACCCUCGGCGAGCGACAAGUCGGUAUCGCCUUCCUGUGGUGCCCUAGCAACUGUGGCCUAUGGGGAAAUGAAGAUGCUGACAGAUGCGCAGCAAAAGGUAGCUCUAUGUCACAAGACAACAUUCCCUGGACUUACCACACAGCACAAGCGAAAAUAAGAAGAAACAUAAAGAACACCAGUGUGGAACACCCAAGAUGCAAGAGAGUGUACUGUGACAGCAACUCAGUCCCUAAGUUCCCAUUAGAUGAUGACCUGACACGACGGGAACAGGUUACUCUGAGCCGCCUUCGCAGUGGUCACCACACAGAGAUCCGAUACUGGCGUAUAAAGAUCGAUGAUGAAAUUGAAUCCGAAUGCAAAACUUGCGGGCUAGCCGAAGAGACGAUGGAACACAUAAUGGAAGAUUGCCCUGCCAUGAGGAACCGCUACCCAGAAGAUUGGAACCUACACAAGAUGACCACCAACCCAAGAAAAGCCCUGGAAAUAUGGCAACGCUUCCUGGACAAGAUAAACCCACCGAUUUCAGACAGAAACGACGACGACUAG